CACCGUGCUCCAGCCUCCACUCCGGACCAGCAGGCCGCACCUGACAUGUUCGCCUCCAUCUGCCGGCGGCGGCUCCUCCGCCUCCGGCAAAUUCCCUCCGCCGCCGGCACAAACCCCAGCUGGCCCAACCCCAUCGACGCCCCCCCCUCCCACGGCUACUCCGCAGCUGCCCUCGCGGGCGCCACCGUCUCCGAGCCCUGCCCCAUCACCGUCUCCUACCUGAUCUCCUGCGGACUCUCCCCCGCCGUCGCGGCCGCCCACAAGCUCCGCAUCCGCUCCACAGACAGGGCUGACACCGUCCGCGCCCUCUUCCGCAGCUAUGGCUUCACCGACGCGGAUAUCACCGAGAUGGUCCGCCGAGACCCGCGGAUUCUCACCCUCGACCCCGACCGGAUCCUCCGCCCUAAGCUCGAUUUCUACGCCUCCCUCGGGGUCCAGCCCCGAAAGCUCGCCACCACGCCGCUAUUUGUCACGCGCAGCCUCAACAAGCAUCUCGUCCCCUGCAUCCAGUUCCUCCGCGGCAUCCUCGGCACCGACGGCAAGGUCUGCCGAGCGAUCUCCCGCAAUCCAAGCGGCCUCACUCAGGCUGACCUGGAUAAGAACAUGCGCCCCGCCGUAGACACGCUCCGCCGCCUCGGGCUCCCCGAGGAGUCCAUCUCGAAGCUCCUCACCAUUGAACUGGGUGUGCUCAGGCUUUCUCCCGACCGGAUGAGCCAGAUUUUCGAGGACCUCAAGUCGCUUGGCCUGGGCGUGACGGACACGGGCCUCCUCUACGGCAUCCGCGCACUCUCCUGCAUCAGUAGGGAGACGUGGCUGCGAAAGGUGUCCCUGUACAAGAGCUUCGGGGUGUCUGAGGGUGAGCUGCUGAAGGCGUUCAAGACACAGCCCACGAUGCUUCUCUUCUCCGAUGAGAGCAUUAAGAAGAAGCUCCGCUUCUUGCUGGAUGAGCUGAAGCUUGAACUAAGUGAAGUAAUGAGGCUACCUGUGGUAAUAAGUUAUAGCGUGGAGAAGUGCAUCAUACCAAGGUGCGCAGUGCUGAGGGUGUUGAUGAGGGAGGGGAAGAUUGAGCCCAACAUCAAUUUACUUUCAGCAUUGAUUGGUAGUGCCAAGAUUUUCUCCAAAAGGUAUGUAUUGAGGUAUGCUCACGAUGUGCCGGAUGUUGUCAAGGCAUAUGAGGGUAAGAUUGCAUUUGAAGGAUUCAGGGAUCGGGAUGUUUUAGUUCCACUGAAGCCUUCAGGCUAAUCUCAGUAGGGUUAAAUCAAAUGGUCAGGCAGCAUGUUUCCAAUGCCAUUGAGAUCAAGGCAUGCUAUAUCAAUGGCACUGUUUCGUUGUGCGAUGUUAUUUCUGGCUAUUUUUAACUCAACCAUCUUCAUAAUCUUCAUAGCAUCUGCCAUUUUGUAGCCUCUGGCCUAACAAAUCUAGAAACAUUGAUCUUAUGUUAUCGAAGUAACUUAAUCUGGUAAGUUGAAUUGGUGCAUUCUGGUUGUUUAUGCCUUUUGAAGCUCUUUCAAUAAAAUUAUGAUUUUGAAAUAUGUCGCUGGAAUGACUUUAGUGCUUCUUUUACUAUCUGGAUGAAGACUCUGUGUUCCUUUCUAAUAUGUAAAUUUUUCAUCUAUUAACAUCUGAGAAGAUCCCAAUUUUGUUGAUCCUCGUGAUGCAAAGUGUUCAUGUACAGAAUUGUUGAGCAUUUAGAAGUGAAAGCUUUUAUGCUUUGUUUAAACUUUACAAAAGGGUUCUUGUGGGUUUGAUCCACUUGAGCCGCCGUUAUACUUGUGUAGUUUGUGUUUAUAUUGGUGAUAUUAUAUACAAAAAUGCCUGUUAUAGAUGAGGCUCUUAUCAUUGUGAGUUACGGUGCCACGAACUUAAUUGUAAGCUGGAUAGAUGACCAUUCUGGAGAUAAAACUGAUGGAUUUGCUUUUGCUUGCAUGCUUUCAUUACAUCAACAACAUCAGAAAACACUUGUAUUGGGAAAUACAGAAUGGUAACAAACAUCUAUUGACAUAAGGACCUCUUUUAUAUAACCUUGCUUAUGAUGAAUUUUAAGAGUGCAGACUUAAUGGUUCUUAUUAUGGAUUUGAUGUACUUGUUGAAUUGUUAUGAAAUGCUUAUUCCAGAAUGAGACCCACUUCUUGGAUUUUACAGUACCACCUGCCCUGGGAGCUGACCAAUUUCCUUAAGGUUGCAUUAUAUCAACUAUUUAGGGACAAGUUCAUUGGGAAAUACAAAAUGAUCACAGAGUGCUAUCAACAUUAGGACCUAAAGAAUGCCUAUGAGUCACAGCUCUCAGUUUUUUUUUUGAACCACCAAAUGACUUGAGUAGCUUCCAAAUUUUUAGUGUUGAGACAUUGCUGGAAUUCUGAUAUCUAUGAGUGAAUGCUAUCGUUGAGGUUGGGAGAAAAAAGGUUCUACUGCCGUGUCUUAGCCUCCUGUGAAUCAAUGGGAGGUGAAAAGAAGGGUUGAAGGAUUGACACAGGAUUACCCAACUAUUUGUUUUCUCCAAGUGCCCACCAGAUUUUGCUUCUAGGAUGGAGCUUGUGGUUCAGAGUCUGCCAAUCUAUAUUCCUUUGAGUUGUUUUGGAAAUUACUUAGUGACUUGUCAACCAGUUCUUAAGAAACUUGCUCAAAGUUUGGAAAUUUCCUUAUUCAUAAGAAGUUCGGUUGGCCAAAUUAGAUGAAAUGCCCAUUUGGUUUGGAGUCUGAUGGGGCAAUCUAUAUUCCAUUUUUUGUGGGCGUCAGUUAUUCGUGUUGUUACUGUAAGUGUUACCUGGUCUUGUUACAGAAAGUAAUGCUGAUUCUUUUUACUGGAAGUCUGCACUUUCUUUACCUGGAGCUCAUUGAUGCAGCCUGCAAGGAACUUGAGGCACUUGUCGUGCCCAUCACAGACUGUUUGGUUUACAGGAAGGUGGCACUGUACCAGAGCUUCGGGGUGUCUGAGGACUGAGGGUGAGCUGUUUAAGGAGUUCAAGAUGCAGCUAAUGGGCGAACUGUGAUUAUAGUGAAUAGCUUGCAGAAGAACACCAUGCCAAGGUGCUCUGUCUUGAGCAUGUAGAUGGAGUGGAAGAUUAAGCAAAAUACAAUGUUGCUUCAUGCAUUGAUCUGGGCUUGUAAGAUCUCUGAGAGGUAUGUGUUGAGGUAUGCCCGUGAUGUGCCACAUGUUGUCAAGGCAUAUGAGGGUAAACUUAAAUUCGAAGGAUUCAGAAAUUCGGAUGUUUUGAGUUUCAGAUCUUCUAGAAUGAAAUCACUAUUUGUUUGGUGUUUA